CGGCCCCUGUAGAGACUCUGUUGGCUCUUCUUCUCAAAAUCCUGAAUCGCGUCAGACAACGUGUAAACUCUUGUGAUUAUUUCAGCAGUGUAACAGGUAAAACAGCAGACACUGAGCAGCGCUGCAGACCCAAAGAAACCGCACAAAUGUCCGCAAGUGGGUUUGAAUCGCUGGAGACCUCUCUGGAGUCGCACCUGCCAGAGGCCGAGCUCGCAGAGGUGAAACGCAUUUUGUUCGGAAGGGACACAAAGAAGUUGGCCCUCCCCGAAAGCGCUUUGCAUGCAGCCUCUGAGCGUAACUUUGAGCUGAAGGGUUACAUGUUUGAAGCUGGACUGGAACAGCUGAGGCCACCCAGAAGGAUCCGCGUGGGACUCAUUCAGAACUGCAUUGUUCUGCCCACUGAUGCCCCCGUCUUGGACCAGAUCAAUGCCAUGCAUAGUCGAAUUGGUGAAAUGGUUGAGGUAGCAGCCAUGUGCGGGGUAAACAUUGUCUGCUUUCAGGAGACCUGGAACAUGCCCUUUGCUUUCUGCACCCGCGAGAAAGAACCAUGGACCGAGUUUGCAGAGUCUGCUGAAGAAGGAAUGACCACGCGCUUCUGCCAAGAGCUGGCCAGAAAGUACAACAUGGUAGUUGUUUCUCCAAUUUUGGAGCGAGAAGAGCCGCACAACACUCUGUGGAACACAGCGGUGGUGAUCUCCAACUCUGGAAAUGUGCUGGGAAAGAGCAGGAAGAACCAUAUUCCCAGGAUUGGAGACUUUAAUGAGUCUACAUAUUAUAUGGAGGGCAACACUGGCCACACAGUGUUCCAGACACAGUUUGGGAAGAUAGCGGUGAAUAUCUGCUACGGGCGGCAUCACCCUCUCAACUGGUUCAUGUACAGCAUGAAUGGAGCCGAAAUCAUCUUUAACCCCUCAGCUACUGUUGGAGCUCUGAGUGAACCAAUGUGGCCUAUAGAGGCCAGGAAUGCAGCAAUAGCUAACCACUGUUUCACUUGUGCAAUCAACCGUGUUGGGACGGAACAUUUCAAAAGUGAAUUCACAUCUGGUGAUGGAAAAAAAGCCCACCAUGACUUUGGACACUUCUAUGGAUCCAGUUAUGUGGCUGCUCCUGACGGCAGCCGCACCCCGGGGCUCUCUAGGACCUGUGACGGACUACUGGUGGUAGAAAUGGAUCUCAACCUGAACAGACAAAUCAGCGACAAAUGGAGUUUCAAGAUGACUGGGCGGUAUGCUGAGUAUGCAGAGGAACUCGCCAAGGCUGUCAGACAUGACUUCAAACCAAACAUAGUAAAAGAGUAGAUGAUAUUCCACUAUAGUCCUUAAAUGUAUGAAACACACCAAGCUAAGGCCGUUUCUUUUUGUUUAACAUUCUGUGUUUGUCAGAUUGGUUCCACUGUGUUGUUUCCGUCACUUUAUCACAGAAAAGCAAAUUCAAAGUCAAACAAAGGGCCUGUUCAUUAUAGGUGAUAACGAACUCAUUUAGCAAACCAAGAGUAAAACAAGUGAUUAUUUGCAUAAAUUAAAGGCAUUCGGACUCGACGGUGAUCCUUACUGCUUACCAAGGAACCAGUGAUCCAGCUCUUUCCCAUUUUAGAUGUGAUGUUUGUGUUUUAGCUGAUUCAAGCUAACACUGCUGCUCAUCUUUCUGCCACUCAGUGAGUGUAACUGCGUUCUGUGACAUCAUGCGCAUACCCUCUAUUGAAUUGACCAAGGGUUUGUUUUAUUGCAUAUGAAUUAAACUUUUAUAAAUUUAUAUAAUAUGUAAAAUAAGUUAAUAAAAAGUUGAUAUCAUUAAUUUAAA